AAAGAACAAGUUCAAACAUUUGCAAAAGCCAUCACUUCCAUUCAUCUUCAAUCUUCAAAUGAAGCUUUUUUAAUUCAAGAAAAUACUCAUGCUAGCACUAAAACCCCUCUUAAUUCUGAAAAAAGAUAUCUUUUUUACACCCCACAUACCAGAAAAAUAGUGAAGAAUUUCACAAGAUAGCAUAGCUUAAAGCUAUGGAGGCUGCUGGAAGAAACCUUCUUUCUUCACCACCAACUUUUUCUCAGAAAACCCAACUCAGGAAUUGUUCUUCUUCAGAAAUGAAGAAUGGAUAAAGAGGAUUCAUGUAGCCGAACCCAGCUAAUAGAUUGAAGGUUCUGAUGCUUCAUGAGCAUGCUGCUCCUGUGCUUUCUUCAGUGCCCCAUACUUAUUUGGGUCGAUAUGUUCCUGCAUCAGCUAUCGGUCCGGAGCAGCAGUUUGAGAAUCGGCUGCAAUUGCACCUAGUAAAGGAAGAGAAAACAUCCCUGGCAACAAUAGAUAGGAGGCUUGUGGAAGCUGCAUCCUCAGAAUUGGAAGAGAAUGAUGCUGUUGAUUCAGAGCAAAAUAUAAAUGCUUUGCAAGUGCAGCUACUUCAUUGGCCUGGUCCAUCAUAUUCGUUUCCCCCGUAUUAUCUGAAGGGAAAAGGACCAUUAUCUCCAAAUAAGGAACCUCUUCACAGUAAGGGAGAUAAAUUAAUGAACUUUGAACCACACAGUGUGGUUGCUCUUGCCAGAAAAGCUUUGUUGGCAUCAAAAGAGGCAGCUUUAUUAGCUGAAGACUCCAAAUUACUUGAUGAUUCUCAUUUUCCAAAUUUCCUAUCCACGAAUUUGGUUGAUGAUAAACUGAAAGAGCAACGUACAGUAAGAUCAACACGUUUUAUAGAGAGGCAGUCUAGAAAAAGGGGAGCUCCAAAGCCAAUACAAGAAGUUCAGGAGACAAAUAAUCGUUCAGGCAGGCCAGAUGUGCGGAGAAAAGUGAACGAAUCUAUUGAUCUAAAUGAUCCUCUUCGAAUGUUCCUAUGGGGUCCCGAAACUAAACAACUUUUAACCGCCAAAGAGGAGUCUGAAUUGAUUGUCAAGAUACAGAUCUCCAUGAAAUUACAAGAAGUAAAGCAUCAGCUUCAGAUUCAGUUUGCUCGUGAACCAACAUCGCUUGAGUGGGCCGAAGCUGCAGGGAUUACUUCUCGAGAAUUGAAAUCACAACUUCUUUCCGGCAAGAGCAGCCGUGAGAAAUUAAUUAAUGCCAAUUUGCGGAUGGUGGUUCAUAUUGCUAAGCAAUAUCAAGGACGUGGUCUCAACCUUCAGGAUCUAUUGCAGGAGGGAAGCAUGGGACUUAUGAAAAGUGUCGAGAAGUUCAAACCUCAAGCUGGUUGUCGAUUUCCUACCUAUGCAUACUGGUGGAUAAGGCAAUCAGUUAGGAAGGCCAUAUUUCAACACUCUAGGACAAUCCGUUUGCCCGAAAAUGUGUAUGCGCUUCUGUCUAAAGUAAAAGAUGCCAAAAGAGAAUGCAUUCAACAAGGCAAUCGUCAUCCAACCAAAGAAGACAUUGCAUCAUGUGCUGGAAUGAGUGUGGAAAGGUUGCAGAAUCUGCUUUCAAAUGUUAGAACACCACUUUCAAUGCAACAGUCAGUGUGGUCAGAUCAAGAUACUACUUUCCAGGAAAUCACUGCUGACAAUGCAAUUGAAGCACCAGAACUGAGUGUAUCAAAACAACUUAUGAGGCGUCACAUACGCGGCCUCCUAAAUGUCCUGAGCCCAAAGGAAAGGAAAAUAAUCCGACUUAGAUUUGGCAUUGGAGAUGGCAAACCAAAGUCUCUAUCCGAAAUAGGCACUGUUUUUGGACUGUCAAAGGAACGAGUACGACAACUAGAGACCCGAGCACUAUACAAGCUAAAGCAGAAUCUUAACAAGCAUGGCCUCGAUGCAUAUUCCGAUUUGCUCUUUUAGAUCACAGUCUCUUCAAUUUACAUAAAACGACUCGAGUUGUUACUGUGGCUGAUGUAGCAGAUGUUACUUUGAAAUCAACAGUAGAUACAAGUUGCUAACAUCCGUGUAAGUAUGGAGCAAACAUUCAAAUUCCAGCGGAGACAAAAAUACCAGGUGAUUCUUCCCAUCUAUCUUAGCCUUGAUCGACAAAGUUGCAUGUCAUAUACCUAUUGCUGAUGGGAGUUGAUAGGUAUCCCGUAGAGUCAGUCGAGGUGCGUGAAAGCUGACCUGGACGUCCGGAAAAAAAUAUGAGAUAAAUGUUCAGCUGUUUUUAGUUUUGCUUUACAAAGUACUUGUGAACAUGUUAUUCCUGUUCUUACCUUUUUUAUCUUGUAAAGUAUCAAGUUGUAAAUCUUUUUUUUCAUCCUGACAUUUAUUUAAAUACAAGUUUUUUUUUUCGAAAA